AUGGCAGGGAAAUGCCAACGAGAAUCACUAGCGGCGGAGAGUGAUUCUCAAUCGAUUUCACGCCGAUUAUUUAUUAAGGAUCGAGUCACUGGGACCGAGUUUCUCGUGGACACUGGCUCUGAUUUAUCAGUUUUUCCUCGCGGCUCGAUGAAAUCGCAAACAACUCCCAUAGGUUAUCAGCUUUAUGCCGCAAACGGCACGAUUAUCGAAAUCUAUGGUUUAUCAUUAAAAACACUGAAUCUCGGACUGCGUCGAGAUUUCACGUGGAAUUCUAUUGUUGCCGAUGUCACCAAACCGAUACUUGGGGCUGAUUUUUUGAGUCAUUAUGACUUGUUAGUCAACCUCAAACGCAAAUGCUUACGCGACGGCAUUACAGGUUUGACAUCAUCCGGUUAUUUCCACGCAACAACAGCAUUGGACAAAAUCAAGGCUGUGGAUGGUGAUUCCGUUUAUAUGAAACUGCUACAUGAGUUCGCCGAUAUCACACGACCUGAUCCGUCCGACAAUAAGAAUAGGAAACAUUCAACGGUGCAUCAUAUUCGUACAACACCUGGUCCACCUGUUUCUAGCAAAGCUCGUCGCUUAUCGCCGGACAAAUUAAAAAUUGCUCAAGACGAGUUCCUUAAAAUGAUUGAGCAAGGGAUUUGUCGGCCAUCGCAGAGUGCUUGGUCCUCGCCAUUACACAUGGUCCAGAAAAAGGACGGUGGAUGGAGACCAUGUGGCGAUUAUCGUCCAUUAAAUGACCGUACUCUUAUUGAUAAAUAUGCGCUUUGA